CGCAGGUGGUCAGGGUUACAAUCUGCCGACAAGAGGAGACAGGCGCAAGUGUCGAUUUGUAUCCGACCAAGCACUGAUCUGGCUCAGGUUUUAUGAUAAAUUAUCCCUCCUGGAUCGAGCUGCUUGUUUUGUUUUUUUUCUCAUCCCCCCCUUCCAUGAUCCACAAUGCGGUCCUCGUCUUGGUUCGUCGCCAGUUGCGCUCUCAUCCUCUGCACGCUCCGGCUGAUUGACGGGGCCAAAGGACAGCGGCUGUGUAGUGAGCUGGACUACUACUAUGAGUACACAGAGUGUGACGGGACAGGAUCUCGGUGGAGAGUGGCCAUCCCGCAGAACCCUGGAGUCUGCACUGGACUACCAGAGCCAGUGCGCGGCAAAGAGUGCACCUUCUCAUGCGAGGCUGGGGAGUUCCUGGAGAUGUCGGCUCAGGAGUGUACCCAGUGUGCGGCGGGAAGCUACUCCCUCGGCAGCGGUAUCCGCUUCGACCAAUGGGAUUCCAUGCCUGCUGGAUUCAGUAGCCUGGCAACCUCCUUGGAAAACAGUCCCCACGGAGAUGACAGGCUCACCUGCAACAGUUCUUCCUGGGUGCCUCAAGGAAACUAUCUGGAGUCCAACAGGGAUGAGUGCACGGUGUCGCUCAUCUACGCCGUCCAUCUGAAGAAACAGGGCUCUGUCAGCUUUGAGUACCAGUAUCCAGACAAAAACCUGCUGUUUGAGUUCUUUAUCCAGAAUGACCAGUGUCAGGAGAUGGAUCAGUCUGCUGACACAAAGUGGCUCAAGCUUACCAAUCACGGUGAAUGGGGGACCCAUACGGUGAACCUGAAAUCUGGCACCAACAUCCUGUACUGGAGGACGGGUGGAGUGCUGAUGGGGACCAAAGUGGUGAAGCCUGUUUUGCUGAAAAAUGUUCAAAUAGAAGGAGUCGCCUACACUUCACAGUGUUUCCCAUGUAAGCCGGGGACGUUCAGCCAUAUCCCAGGCUCCUCCACAUGUGACCCCUGUCCUCGGGACACCUACUCUGGCCACGGUGCCAGCUCCUGCACCCCCUGCAACAUUACCACCCAGUAUGCAGCUGAGGGAUCCGCUGUGUGUAAGGACAGACCUCCAUGUUCCAGGAAGGACUAUUUCCAGAUCCACACAGCGUGUGACCAUGAGGGCAAGACGCAGGUCAUGUAUAAGUGGAUUGAACCUAAGAUCUGCCUGGAGGGUGUGAUUGGAGCUGAGCCGCUGCCUCCGAGUGGAGAGCGAGAGCCCUGCCCCCCCUGUAACCCUGGUUUCUAUAACAAUGACACGGCCACCUGCUCACCGUGCCCACCUGGGACCUAUUCUGAUGGGAUGAAACCAUGUAAGCCGUGUCCAGCAGGCACUGAGCCCACCUUGGGUUACGAGUAUAAAUGGUGGAACGUUCUUCCUGCAAACAUGAAGACCUCGUGUUUCAAUGUGGGCAACUCCAAAUGUGACAAUAUGAAUGGAUGGGAGGUGGCAGGUGAUCAUAUCCAGAGUGGAGCAGGAAGCUCAGAUAAUGAUUACCUCAUCCUCAACAUCCAUGUUCCUGGCUUCAAGCUCCCUACAUCAAGCCAUUCUGGGACAGAGUUUGGUCGCAUCACAUUUGAAUUUGAAACUUUGUGCACAGCUGACUGCGAGCUCUACUUCAUGAUGGAUGUAAACAGGAAGAGUACUACGGUGGUCGAGUUAUGGGAGAAAACGCAAACGAGACAGACCUACACGCAUGUCAUGACGAAGAAUGCCUCUGUCUCCUACACAUGGGCUUUCCAGAGGACUAACCAACCUUCAGAUGUACGUUGGAGAGUCAAUGACGUGGCACGAAUCUACUCCAUCUUAGUGAGUAACGCUGUUGACGGGGUGUCCUCCGGGUGCCGGACUUGUGCCCUCAGCACCCAACCCUCCAGCUCUACAUGUGUGCCGUGUCCACCUGGACAUUACAUAGACACGCUCACCAGCCAGUGCACAGAGUGUCCACGUAACACGUACCUCGUCUCUCACGCCACGCCGGGUCCAGACGCCUGCAAACCCUGUGGGCCAGCCAGCAAGAGUGACAAGGACCACAGUUUAUGUUACAGUGACUGUCACUUCACCCACACUGAGGGCAACGCCUCUUUGACUUUUGACUUCGGCCUCCUCGGGUCUGUGGGGUUGCUGAUGAACGGUCCGAGCUUCACCUCCAAAGGAACCAAGUACUUCCACCAGUUCAAUAUCAGCCUGUGUGGAGGACAGGGUCAGUUGGCAGUAUGCACGGACAACGUAACAGACCUAUCCAUCACCGACUCCCAGAGAGAGAAAGGCGAAGGAGCCAACGCUGUCAAGACCUUCAUCUGUCAGUCGACAAUAAUCCCGGCGAAUGGUCGAGGCUUCCACACGGCACUCUCCUCGCAGUCCAUUAACCUGGCUGACACAUUCCUGGGAGUGACAGUAGAUAAUACACUUGAUGGAAUAAGGGCGAGACCAGAGCUGUACCCCCAGACCUCCAAGAAAGUCCCUGACGUCAACUUCUAUUACAGGUCCCUGGAGGCAACCUCGUCUUGUGAGUCGGGUCGGAGCGCAGUGGUGACACUUCGCUGUAACCCAGUGAAAACCACUAAAGGAGAUCUUUCAGUUCCCAGUCAGUGCCCUGCAGGAACAUGCGACGGCUGCACCUUUCAUUUCUUAUGGGAGAGCUCAGGAGCGUGUCCUACAUGCACAGAGAGAGACUACCAUCAGAUAGAGGGAGCUUGCAAGGGAGGACACCAGGACCUGCUGUAUGUGUGGACUGAGCCGAAGCUGUGUAUAGGAGGUGUGACCUUGCCCGAAAAGAAGACGUUGCCAUGUGAGGGUAUGGAGUUCUGGGUACGGCUCGGCGCCGGACUGGGAGCUUUCACUGCAGUGCUGCUCAUCUCCCUCACCUGCUACUUCUGGAAGAAGAACAAAAGGUUGGAAUAUAAGUACUCCCGCUUGGUGAUGUCUGCCAAUAAGGAGUGUGAGAUGCCAGGAGCUGACAGCUGUGCCGUGAUGGAGGGAGAGAAUGAGGGAGACAUGGAGGAUGAAGUCGUGUACACAAAACCUUCUCUACUCGGCAAACUCAAAGCCAUAGCAUCCAAGGGAAACGGAGAGAACUAUGAACACGUGCAGCUAAACUCAUCUCACUCGAAAGCGUUGGUAUGGAGCUAAAGAGGCAGUGAAGUGAGUGGGAGUGAGGGGUGGAGAUCGGACCCUCAAGAGACUUUCCAGUGAACAACCCCUUUAACAACCACCCCCUUAAUGAGCUUUGGUACCUGGAAUACCAACUGUGUGUACAUACACACAUACACACACACACACACAUCAUGCACCAGGGGCCAGGUUCAGAAAAGUCACAUGUACGCUGUGGCCUUAACGCUUGCUACAACAGAGCCGAACAACUCGAUGCACAGUACUGUGAAGCAGGUGUGUGUGAUAGACACUUCCUGGUAAUAUCAAGCUGAUGUCAGAAAGGCUGUUAGAAGAGCUCAGGGUAAGACAAGGACCUAUCUGAUUGAUAUUCAGUUUUCUUUAUAUUAAUUUCAGUCUGUAGUGUCUGAUAUUUCUUGAGGACAGCCAUGGUGUAAUUCCAUCAGGAUCGAGUGUGUAUCCAUCUGUCAUAGACGUUUACACAACCUGGUGUACUCUGGCCAUUCAAAGCCUCUAUCUUCUCAUCUGUUUGUUCUGUUGCUUAUUGAAAUUAUUGUAAUGAGAAGAGUUCUGCUGACCUAUUGAAAAUGAAGAUGUCACAUGAGAUGAGGUGAGGUU